AUGGUACCAGCAGGCCCCAUGCAGGGCUCAUACCCAGCCGGGGGCAUGAUGGCACCAGCAGCCCCGAUGCAGGGCUUCUACCCAGCCUGGGGCAUGGGGGCACCAGGAGCCCCAAUGCAAGGCUUUUACCCGGCCGGGGGAAUGAUGGCACCAGGAGCCCCACAGCAGGGCUUCUACCCAGCCUGGGGCAUGAUGGCACCAGGAGCCCCGAUGGCGACUGGCGGAAGUGCGGUCCCGAAUGCGCAGGCUAACAUGAACGCCGCCGGGCCCCCAGUCACAAAGAGCCACCCCAAGAAGGCCACUGGUGCCGUUUAUCCACGCGCCAACUAUCCGCGCUCCACGGACUAA